AUGGAUCCAACAGCUAUUCUCAAGGUUAUCUUUCAGGUGGCAUCAGUUAUUCAAGAAACUGUUAAAGAAGUGAAAGCAAAUCAAAAACAAUGCAAGCGACUAGCAGAAAGAAUCGAUGCUAUAAUUUUGACCCUGAAAUCAAUGAAUAAUCAAGCUCUACAAAGACCAGAACUGCAAAAAUCUCUGGAUAACUAUCACACUUGCAUUGAACAAUGUCUUGAAUUCGUUACUCAGUUUAAAGAUGAAACCUCAUGGUUUUCGAAAGUUUUCAAAAACCAAAACUAUAAAGAGAAAUUUGAAGAAUUGAAUCUUCAACUUACUCAAUAUGCCACUGAUUUCAAUUUGAGCAUUAAUUUGAAACAGAUUUUUGAUCCUAAACUGGAUGAAAAUGAUCAAAAAACGGAUCUAAAUACCAUUCAAUGUAAACUUGAUGAAAUUGCAUCGCUCAUGGCUCAAAAACAAGAUGAACAACUUCGUCAAUGUAAGGGAAUUGAAGAAAAUAUUGUUCAGCGACUUAAUUCAUUUAAGCAUCAUCUCCAACAGAAUAUUAUGAAAAGAAGCGAUCCUCACAGAGUACAGGGAAUCAUUGAGGAAAAACAUGCUUUUCUCCAUAUUCCGUAUUACGAUUUGGUACCAGAAGAACGUAUUGGGCAGGGUGGAUUUGCUGAUGUAUAUCGUGGAAGAUGGCUCCCUCUAGAUGAUGAAGUGGCCAUUAAAGUCAUUCGAAUUCAACAUUUAAAUGAAAACAUUAGAGAAGACUUUGUCAAAGAAAUUUCAGUGAUGCAUCGAAUCCACUACGAUCAUAUUCUGAACAUAUUUGGCGCAUGUGUGGAGCCCGAAAAGUAUGCACUCGUCGUCGAAUACAUGUCUCUUGGUUCUCUGUACGAUGUUCUGAGAAGAAAAACAUUAGAACUAACAUGGAUCAAUCGAUGGUCAAUUGCAAGUCAGAUGACUAAAGGCAUCAAUUAUUUGCAUAAAAUUCCAAAUCCAAUUAUCCAUCGCGACAUCAAAUCUCUCAACAUUCUUAUGACAGAGAAUGGAAAAGGUUUUCUUGUCAAAGUUGCUGACUUUGGUCUAGCUAAGAUACGUUACGAAACGUUGCGUCAAUCGUCUCUCGAUCAUUCGGUCGGUACUUUACCAUGGAAAGCGCCCGAAGUACUGAAAAUGGGAAAGCAUACAGAAGCUAGUGAUGUGUAUGCCCUUGGUGUUGUACUCUGGGAAUUAGGUACAGGACGUGAACCAUACGAGGAGGCCGAUGAUGCAACAAUCUGUGCAUUUGUCUUACGAGGAGAUCGAUUGGAUAUUCCUACAAAUAUUCCCCACUCAUUUGCGGAAAUGAUUUCGAAAGCCUGGGCACAUGAACCUCAAAAGAGGCCAACCUGCCAACAGCUUCUCAGUUUGAUGAAAGAAAUCUCUCUGGAACUUGAUGGAAACAAAAAACCGAAGGUACGAAAUCAUAAUCUCUGA